CACAAGUGGCGGAGGCGGGAUUAGAACCCACGUCCUCCGACUCCCAGGCCCGGCCCUUUUCAGCCGAGCUGGGGAGCUGACUGUUUGCCCUAGGGUUUAGCACAGCGUUUGGGCACCCGGGACCCCGGGCCGCCAUGAGGGUGAAGAUCAAGUGCUGGAACGGAGUGGCCUCCUGGCUCUGGGUGGCCAACGACGAGAACUGCGGAAUCUGCAGGAUGGCCUUCAACGGCUGCUGUCCCGACUGCAAGGUGCCCGGGGACGACUGCCCCCUGGUCUGGGGCCAGUGCUCUCACUGCUUCCACAUGCACUGCAUCCUCAAGUGGCUCAACUCCCAGCAGAUCCAGCAGCACUGUCCCAUGUGCCGCCAGGAGUGGAAGUUCAAGGAGUGACGGACCCGCCCCCCCCCCCCCCCCGGAAACGUCGCCGUUCUUCUGCGGAAAACUUUAAAUUCAUUAAAAGGUGGCAACGGG